CAGAGAUCUUCAGGCGCGCCCAUUGCUCCUCAUCAGUGACCUUCCAAUUUAAUCACUCUCGAAGAUCAUCUAACCUAAUAACAAGGAAAUUAUCUGAAAAAAUAUGAUUAAUCUUCAGAACUCGAUCGUUUUAUGCUCUGUGUUUAUACUGUUUGCAUGCUCUUCUUCGCGUUCUUCGGAGGUUUUAAUCUCCGUUUCUCCCAAAACCCUCGUAAAAUCUGGCGACUCGGUGACGAUACGGUGGUCCGGUGACGAUUCCCCGUCGAAGCUUGACUGGAUCGGGAUUUAUUCUCCGGCUACUUCCUCCCACGACGAUUUCAUCGGCUACGUGUUCCUGUCGUCUUCGCCGGGAUGGGAAAACGGGUCGGGUUCGAUCUCUAUCCCUUUAGUGAAUCUCCGGUCGACUUAUCAGUUCCGGAUCUUCCGAUGGAACGAGUCAGAGAUCGACGACGCGCGCACGGAUGCCGACCAUAAUCCGUUACCGGGAACGGGACGCGUGGCGGCGGUUUCGGAGAAGGUUGGAUUCGAACCGGGUCGGGGCCCGGAGCAGGUUCAUUUGUCGUUGACGGGUCGGGAUGGUGAGAUGCGGGUCAUGUUCGUGACCGGCGACGGGAAGGAUUGUUUUGUGAGGUACGGGUUGACCCGGAAUAAUAUGGAUCAGGUUUCGGGUACUCGGGUCAGAAGGUACGAGAGAGAACACAUGUGCGGUGCUCCAGCCAAUCAAAGCAUUGGAUGGAGAGAUCCUGGCUUCAUCCACGAUGGUAUUUUGGUCAAUUUGAUGGAUGGCAAGAAAUAUUUCUACCAGGUUGGAGGUGAUUCCGAGGGAUGGAGCAAUGUUUUCAGCUUUGUAUCCCAAGAUCAAAACUCAAAGGAGACGUUUGCGUUCCUGUUCGGCGACAUGGGGACUGCAACGCCUUAUUCCACCUUCUUGAGAACCCAAGAAGAGAGCGAAUCAACCGUGAGGUGGAUCAUGCGCGACAUCCGGGCCCUUGGCGACAAACCAGCAAUGAUCUCACACGUCGGCGACAUUAGCUACGCCAGAGGCUACUCGUGGUUAUGGGACAACUUCUUCACUCAGAUAGAACCCAUCACGUCCAGGGUACCCUACCACGUUUGCGUAGGCAAUCAUGAAUAUGAUUGGCCAUCGCAGCCCUGGAUCCCAAGCUGGGCUGCCACGAUCUAUAAGCAAGACAGUGGUGGUCAGUGUGGGGUGCCCUUCAGUUUCAGGUUCAACAUGCCUGGGAACUCCUCGGAAUCGAAUGGUGCCAUGGCUUCAAUGGGGGGAAUGGCUUCAAUGACGCGAAACCUUUACUACUCUUUUGACAUGGGAGUCAUUCACUUUGUGUACAUAUCAACGGAGACGAAUUUCCUCCCAGGGAGCGACCAGUACAGGUUCCUGGAACAAGACUUGGGGUCAGUCGAUCGAGAGAAGACGCCAUUUGUGGUUGUUCAAGGGCACAGGCCAAUGUACACAACCAGCAGUGGCCACAAAGAUGCUCCCCUGAGGCAGAGAAUGGUCCAACACUUGGAACCCCUUCUCGUCAAGAACCGUGUCAGCCUGGCCCUGUGGGGCCACGUCCACCGGUACGAACGCUUCUGCCCUCUGAGCAAUUUCACCUGCGGCGAUUCGGGGGCUUUCCCGGUGCACAUUGUGAUUGGGAUGGGCGGACAGGACUGGCAGCCCAUUUGGGAGCCGCGGGCCGACCAUCCGAACGAUCCCGUCUACCCUCAGCCGGUGCGGUCCGAGUUCCGGGCGGGGCAGUUUGGGUACGCGAGAAUCGUCGCGGACGCGGUGAAGCUGAGGUUUGAUUACGUGGGGAAUCAUGACGGGAAAGUGCAUGAUGUGGUUGAAAUCCUGGCUCCAUAUCGCCGGCCGGCUGCUGCUGCUGCUUCUCUUACACCUUAUGGUGAUUUGUGAAUCUUGAGCGUCCUUCUUUUGGCAUGGCUGGUUUCAUGCCUACCCACAAAAAUGGGCGAAAGUGAGAAAUCCCUCUUCUUACAGAACAGGGGAAGAGGGAAGAAGUGGUAUAGAUAUCUGGUGGCCCCCUUCUUCCCAUUCUCCGGUCGUCAUUUCCUCAUCAUAGCCAUUAGCCAGUCCGGUAUGUGGCUUUCCUUCUUGUUGAUGUAUAGGGUGUUUGAGGUUGUGGUGGAUUCUUGAAAAAGCAUAUGCCAGGAGCAAGAAAUGAAAAAAACAUAUAUAAUCAUAACUUUGCUAGAACGCAUUUUUAGAGCCUGUUUUGCAUAUCUGAAGUCAUGUUGGGCUAUCUGUAGU